AUGGCAGAUCAGGCAGAAGGGGUAAUAGUGCCUUUUCACCUUCCCGUGUUGUUGACGGAGGUAUUGGGUCAGUUGGGUGUUCGCCCGGGCGGUGUGUAUGUAGAUGGGACAGUGGGGGAUGGAGGCCAUGCGUUGGCCUUCCUCCGGGCGUCCGCCCCUCUUGGGAGUGUGUGUGGUAUCGACCUGGACCCUCGUUCCCUGGUCCGAACUGAGCAGCGUCUGGCUCCCUUUGGAGUGCAAUUUACUCCAAUAUUGGGAAGCUAUGCCGAGAUGGUAUCCCUGGUCCAAGGGAUGUUGGGAAGUGAGGCAAGGGCAGACGGGGUUCUGCUGGAUUUGGGGAUAUCCUCUCGGCAAGUGGACGGCUCCGGUUUUGGUUUCAGCUUUCAGCAAGACGAACCGCUGGACAUGCGCUUCAAUCCGGAAGCAGACAUUCCCACGGCGGCCGAUAUCGUGAACACCUGGUCCCGAGAGGGCCUGGUGGCCGUUUUGAGGGAGUACGGCGAAGAGCCUCGGGCAGGAGCCAUAGCAUCGGCGAUAGUCCGGCAGAGGCCCAUCAGCAGUACCGUCCAACUGGCGAGUGUGGUGGCGGGGGCGGCAGGGAGGCAGUCAGGGCGAAGUUCACGGAGCGGAGCCGAUCCGGCAACCCGCACCUUUCAGGCCCUGCGCAUUGCGGUUAACGACGAACUGAACACGCUGACAACCGGGCUGCAGGCGGCAGUGGACUUGCUGGCCCCCUCGGGAAGGUUGGCGGUAAUCAGUUACCACAGCCUGGAGGACCGGCGGGUAAAGACCUUCCUGGCAAGGGAGGCGGCGCAGUGUAUAUGCCCACCCAGGUUGCCGGUGUGCGUAUGCCAGCACCAGCCCAGGGUAAGCCUGGUCAACCGGCGGAUUAUAAGGCCCAGCGCCGGGGAAAUAGCGGAGAAUCCGCGCAGUCGCAGCGCCCGAAUGAGAGUAGCCCAGCGCCUGGCUGAAUAG